UUGUCUUUACAAUCGUAUUAUUUUCAGAGUAGUAAUAUUCACAGAGUCAUAUUUAUAAAAAAAAAUAAAAAAAUUGUACUGUUAUAUUGAAUUUGUGGAGUAAAAGACCUUUUCAAGGAUUUCCAGCGCUUGUCUAUAGAGAGAUAUUUAGCAUUUUUUAGUAACUCGCAUGUCCAUUCAGAAUUUAAAUACUCGCGAUCCCUUUGCGGAUGCCAAAAAUGGGAACGAUGAUAAUAUACAAGAUGGCUUAGUGCAUAUUCGUAUACAACAAAGGAAUGGACGUAAAACAUUGACCACUGUCCAGGGUUUGUCCACCGAAUAUGAUCUAAAGAAAAUUGUUCGAUCUUGCAAAAAGGAAUUCGCCUGCAAUGGCACAAUAAUUGAGCAUCCUGAGCAUGGUGAGGUGAUUCAAUUACAGGGUGAUCAACGUGAAAAUAUUUGUCAAUGGCUAACCAAGGCUGGACUGGCCCGUGCUGAUCGUCUCAAGGUGCAUGGCUUCUAAAAAUACUCGAAAACUAUUCAAAAUUUUAUUCCAAAUUCAACUAAAACUUGGUAAAUAAUUUGUUAGGAUGACAUUUUAAGAAACAUUUUGGGCUGCAGCACAAUACAUAAUCACUUAAUAUAUAUAAAUUAACCAAAUAAGUUCGUUAUUGAUAUUAAUAAAACGGAGAAAAUGCCACUUA